AUUUAAACCGUGUAGCGUCAUCGACACUAAAUUCAAAUCUCAGAAAGAGAGGAAACAGAACAGCGAGUCUUGGUGCGCUGUACUCCACUUUGUAUUGAAGAGGUCGAUGAAAACGUGGAUAAUAUGGCGCAGUUUGGGUUUGAGAAUGACAUCCACAGUAUCUUGAAGCUGGACAUGCCCAUCACAAACGCUCCCAUGGCGAGGUGGCAGAGAAAGGCGAGCUCCUCAAACACCUCCGCCCCGAACGGUCUGUCUCCUGGAAAAUCUGCUAAUGUGUCGCUGAGUUCAUCAAAAACACCAAGCAAAACACCGGGCAAAAAUAAAAAACAAACACCCUCUAAGAUGGGGGGCGACCGCUUCAUUCCCAUCAGAAACAGCAAACAAAUGGAUGUUGCAAGUUUCCUACUCACCAAGGAGAAUGAGCACGGGGACACAAACAACGCAGCAAGCACAUCAGAAAACCAGAAAGCUUGGUCUAUGUCUCUGAAUGGAUACAACAUUGAAGAUGCAAAGAUCCUCCAUCUGGGAGGGAAACCACUGAAUGCACCAGAGGGCUAUCAAAACAACUUGAAAGUCCUCUACAGUCAGGCUACAACUCCUGCCUCUGUCAAAAAAACAAGAUACAUAUCUUCAACUCCAGACCGAAUCCUAGAUGCUCCUGAUCUUCGAAAUGAUUUCUAUUUGAAUCUGCUUGAUUGGAGCAGUCGGAAUGUCCUUGCUGUAGCUCUUCAUAACAGUGUUUACUUGUGGGAUGCCACUCAAGGAGACAUCAUUCUUCUGAUGAAGCUGGAGCGUGAGGAGGACUACAUCUGCUCAUUGUCCUGGACCAAAGAGGGAAGCUACCUGGCUAUUGGAACCAGUGAUUGCAAAGUUCAGUUGUGGGAUGUUGAUAAUCAGAAGCGCUUGCGCAGCAUGGCCAGCCACACUGCAAGAGUUGGUAGUCUGAGCUGGAAUGACCAUGUUCUUUCUAGUGGCUCCAGAUCAGGACACAUCCACCACCAUGAUGUGAGGGUGGCAGACCAUCACAUCUUCACACUCACUGGUCACUCACAGGAGGUUUGUGGACUGAAGUGGUCCCCUGACGGCCGAUACCUGGCUAGUGGAGGCAAUGACAACUUGGUGUGUGUGUGGCCACGUGUGCAGGAGGGCAGCGCCAGCAAUGAAAGCCAGUUAGUCCGCAGCUGGAGCGAACAUCAGGGAGCUGUCAAAGCUUUAGCCUGGUGUCCAUGGCAGUCAAAUAUUCUUGCAUCUGGAGGAGGCACCAGUGAUCGCCACAUCCGCAUCUGGAAUGUAAACAGUGGCUCCUGCAUCAGUUCACUUGACACUCAAUCCCAGAUCUCGUCCCUGGUGUUUGCACCCAAUUACAAGGAGUUAGUCUCUGCACAUGGAUAUGCCCACAACAAUGUUGCUAUCUGGAAGUACCCCUCUCUCACCAAAGUUGCAGAGCUCAAUGGCCACGAAGACAGAGUUCUCAAUUUGAUUCUGAGCCCAGACUACUCCACUGUUGCCACCAUUGCUGGAGAUGAGACUAUACGUCUGUGGAAGAGCUUUGAAGUAGAUCCUGUGAAGAAGAAGGCUAAGGAGAGGAUGGUCAAAUCAACUAGCAGUGUCAUUCAUCAGUCAAUCAGAUAAUGUGCUUUGCCUUGACUUUUGAGUUGUUUUUUUGUUUUUGGGUCAGUACUGAUUGAGUUAUGUGCAGAUGUUUUAUUUAAUCCACAAUAAAGAUUACAACCUGG